AAACUGCGUUGGCGCGCCAGCAUUGCUCGCAUCCAGCUGCAAGUAGCGGAAGUACGAGUUGCUCCUCCACAGUUCGCCCCGAGGCUUGUUUGCCAGGUUAUGGCCAAGGCGCAGCGCUAAAUGUGUUAAAGAAAAAAAAAGCUUCCAAACGAACGAUGAAGAAGGAUAUUAACUUGAGUCUAAGCGACGCAGACAUGAAGCCGCACAUUCGCGACGUUGACGGCAUCCUGUGCUCUUCGGACUUGGGGAUGCUCAAACUGUCCUCGCCGGACCUGGAGCGCCUUAUCGUCCAGUCCAACGGGUUGGUCACCACCACCACCACGAGCAGCUCCCACUUCCUUUUCCCGAAGCCUGUCACGGACGAGCAGGAGUUCGCCGAGGGCUUCGUCAAGGCGUUGGAGGACCUGCACAAACAGAACCUGAGACCGCAAAACGGGACUUUGGAUCUGGGUGCCACCGUCAAUAUCGUCCCGGUGACGACGCAACUGGAGCUGCCGGUGUACACGAACCUCAACAGCUACGGCAGCGGGCCUUUGGGGACCACCGUCAACUACUCCACGGACACUGUGUCUUUUCCACCCCCGCCGCCGCCGCCGUCCACCACCCUGCAGCCGCCUCACCAUUUCAGCGGUGCGCCUUCGGCGGAGACGGAGCUCUCCAGCCGAGUGCAACCGCCCAAGGAGGAGCCCCAAACGGUGCCGGAUGUGCAGAGCUUCGGGGACAGCCCACCGCUAUCUCCCGUCGACAUGGAGUCGCAAGAGCGGAUCAAGGCCGACAAGAAGAGGCUCCGGAAUCGGAUCGCCGCUUCCAAGUGUCGCAGACGCAAGCUGGAGCGCAUCUCCAGGCUGGAGGACAAGGUGACGACGUUGAAGAACCAAAACACCGACUUGGCUUCGACGGCCAACGUCCUCAGAGAUCAGGUGGCCCAGCUCAAGGAGAAAGUCCUCACACAUGUGAGCAGUGGCUGUCAGCUGCUACCACACGAGGUCCAAGUGCACUAGAGCUGCACCGCAACAACGUAGCCAAUCCUAUUUGGACCCUAUUUGUUGAAAUUUGAAGGUCCCCAUUCCCUUGGCGAAGUAUCAAUCACUGCUCAAGACAGGAAAGACCUCCGAAGGACCCUUGUUUCAUAAACACUCAUAAAUUGACAGUGUUGUCUCUGGACUUCAGAUAUCACAAGGCAGCUCUUAUCAAUCAAAUCUGGAUUUUUAAAUUAAGACAUUUAUCAAAUAUCCAGUCAGACUUCUAAUAUUGCUCUGUGGACAACAUCAGUGCCAUCUUCUCAAAUAAUCAAGUGGAAAGCAUUACAGUUGUCCAAGGUUGCCCAUACUGAAGUGUGUUUGCGUGCAUGUUGUUGACAAACUGGAAUGUAACCAAAUGUUCAGUUUCACAUUGUGCAAUUAAUUAGCUGUGUCAUGCAGUUUUCUAUUUUGGGAUCUCAUCGCAAGCUUGUUAAUACUGUAUUGUGAAAUAAACGAUGUAUGUUUCA